AUGCACCACGCGCGGCUGCUCACCUGCAAGUACAGCGUUCAGUGUGACGGCUUUCCGGCAUUGUCUGUACAACCGGCCCUUUUCCGGCGUCAGAAUCUGCCUGAAAAUGCGAACGGCGUCCUGGAGUGUGGAAACCUACACCUCGCGCGGAAUCGGGGGACAAUGGCUCCGAGAACAAACCCGGAGGCCAAGUUUGUCGUUUCCUAUGCCGUCUCCAAGACUUGCGACAAACAGUCAAGGCCGGAUGAGGGACUCGAGUCGCGGCUAAGGAGCAUCAGCGCAGGUGAGCUAUGGACAGCAUCUUUGCACCAGCACGAGGACCGCCUUGAUGCCAGACCAACCGAAGCCGCCGGGCCGGCCGUGCAAGUCGGCAGCGCGGCGGAACAGUUCGACGAAUUCCGCAAGCAGAAUAAGCGGGAUCCGUACCUCGACGCCGGCAAACUGUAUGCGGUUGACGGCGCUCUCGAGUCCGGCAACGUCGAGAAGCAGGCGGCCUUUGGCAAGGUUGCUUAUGCAGGAGAACUUGCCUUGCUGUUGUUGGCUGUUGGUUCUCCCCCGGUCCCUCUUACGGACGACGAGCACCUCCCGGUCGAUGCUCUACGCGCGUGGGUGAUUGGCGCGGUGCUGUCAUGGGCUGCUUUGCCGCCAGGCUCUUGCCCGCCAGGAGAUUGGGGUACCUUGGACGGACCGUGUCGCUCAAACCCCGGCCCCUUCAACGUCAAGGAGCACGCAAACGUCACCAUGAUGACGGCGGCCGGGUCGACCGUCAACUACGCCGUCGACAUCCUGCUCGCCUAG